UACCCUCCCAAGUAAAAAAGUAGUACAAAGUUAACUACACCCUCCCUUUCCCCUCCCCCCUCCCACCAGCCGUGCCGAAUAUAGAAGUCUUCCGGAGGAAGGAGGGAGGACCCCCCCCACCUUUUCUCUCCCAGCAUGCAUUGUGUCAACGCCAUACCACUGAGCAGGUCCAAGAAGCCAGCUGCUAGCUUGUGACUCUGCUGUUAUCUUCACUUAGCUCGGCUUCCUGCUGGUACCCUUUGUGCCAUGUCUGAUAACAAGAAGCCAGACAAAGACCACAGUGGCUCAGGUGGUGACGAUGAUGGAAAUAGGUUUAAUUUAUCGAACCAGCAAUCCGUGGAAGAAAUUCUGCCUUAUCUGUGGUGGCUGAUCUUCAUUGUUGCCACAACAAGUUUUCUGGCGCUCCAGUUAUUCUUAGACGCCAUUUAUGAGGAGCAGUAUGAAAGGGAUGUGGCCUGGAUAGCCAGGCAAAGCAAGUACAUGUCCUCUGUGGAUGAAGAUGAUGAAGACUAUGAGGAUGAUGAGGAUGUUGACGACGAUGACGAUGCCUUCUAUGAUGAUGAUGAGGAUGAAGAACUGGAGAACCUGAUGGAUGGUGAUUCAGAAGAUGAGGAAGAAGAGAUGAACGUGGAAAUGGAUGCCGGAGCUACCAGUCUCCUUGACUUAGCUACCUGUGCCUGUGUGCCUGGCCAUCAUUUAAGGAUGGACGAAGUGAAGUGUAGGAUGAUUUACUUCUUCCACCGCCCUAAUUUCCUGGUGUCUAUACCAGCGCUCCCUAAGACAACAAUGGAUCGUGGGAAUGAAAAUGCUGACGAAGAGGUUGAAAUGGAGGAGGAGGAAGAAGAGGAGGAAGAUGAAAUGGGGAACCUGGAUGGAGAGGAGAAAAAGAACCCGGACUCUGCAAAUGGCUCCUCGCCUUAGGGCUGCAGUUCCAAAGCCCAGAAGAAAGAAACGGACGGCAGAAGAAGUGUGUUUUUUUUUCAUUAAUUUUCUAACUUAGUAAUCCAGAAAAUUUUUUUGUUCUAAAGUUCAUAAUACAAAGAUGUCACCAACCAACAGACAUCUGACUACCUAGUGAAUUUAAAUAUGGUAUAUAGGAUUACAUUUGUACAUGUUAAAAAUAAAAGUUUGACUUGUAUACACUA